GAAAUGGAAAAUAUAGUGUCUUUUUCAGGAGUUUUUCCUCAAAUGGGAACAUUCAUAAUUAAGACAAUUUGUUAGAUUUGCAUUACAUUUUCUGGGUCAUUUUCCAAUUUUUUCCUGGUAAAGUUUUAAUCUUUUUAAUGAUCCUGUAUCAAAAAAGAAAAAAAAAUUGUUAGCUUCAAAUGGCAGAAUGUGAUUCUGAUGGAAUUUUCUAACCAUCAUUAAUUAAUUUCCUGGGGUUCAGUUACUUUGGCUUGCAUGUGUUUUUGGAAAGACUUAUCUUGUUGAUUCUUCAAUUUUUUGAUGUAAUAGUUGAUGUUUGUUAUAAGAAGAUUAAAGGGUUUUCCUGCAUUGCUCUUAAACAUUUCAUCAAGUUGAUUAAUUUGUAUUUGAGAUUUAGAUUCUAGGUUUAUGUAAUUUAGGGGUGAAAUAAACAUAUAGAUGUGUUUACAUGAUAGUCAUUAAGUUUUAGUGAGUUUUGUGUGAUUUGAUUUAAUGGGUACACAAACAAUGGGAUCUCAAGGUGGUAUUGGUGAUUCUUCAUUUACAAAGGUUCCAACUUUACCUAGACAAGGCUCUUUGUAUAGUCUUACACUUGAUGAGGUUGAAAAUCAGUUGGGAAAUUUGGGAAAACCUUUAAGUAGCAUGAAUCUUGAUGAACUUCUUAGGAAUGUGAGGAAUGUGUGGACAGUGGAAACCGGGGGAAGUAGUAAUAUUGAUGAUGGUGUUCAAAAUCUUAAUCAAGGAGCUCCUGGACCGUCGCUUAAUCGACAAUCGAGUUUUAAUUUAUCCGGGGAUUUAAGUAAGAAGACGGUUGAUGAAGUGUGGAGGGAGAUUCAACAGGUUAAGAAGAGUAGUCAGGAGAGGAAUCCUGAGAGGCAAAAUACAUUGGGGGAGAUGACAUUGGAGGAAUUCUUGGUUGAAGCCGGGGUUGUUAUGGAUGUCGUAGGUGGUGGUGGAAAUGGGAAUGGGGUUGAAGCCGGGAAUGUUGAUCCGAAUGGUGGGCGACACUCGAAUGUUCCGCAACAUGGUCAGUGGAUGCCAUACCAGCUGCUUCCGCAACAGCAGCAUCAUAGUAUGAUGACAAUGUUUAUGCCGGGACAUGGACAUCAUGUCCCGCAACCUCUUGCUAUGAGUGGGGGAGCACUUCCGGAUAGUGCUUAUCCGGAUGCUCAACUGGCGGUUUCGACUACUCCUUUGAUGGGAACGGUGUCGGAUACGCAGGCUAUUAGUCGGAAAAGGCAUGCUCCUGGUGAUGUGGUUGAGAGGACGGUUGAAAGGAGGCAGAAACGGAUGAUUAAGAAUAGGGAAUCUGCUGCACGUUCACGAGCUAGGAAACAGGCAUAUACCCAUGAGUUGGAAAACAAAGUUUCACGGCUAGAAGAGGAGAACGAGAGGCUACGAAGAAUGAGGGAGAUAGAGAAGGCGUUGCCAAGUGUUCCUCCUCCACAGCCCAAGUUCCAACUUAGACGAACAAGUUCAGCGCCUCUCUAGGAUUUGCUUACAAGCAGCCGUUCGAUGCAAAUGAAAAAUCAUGGUUCGAAUUUGUCCGAAGUUUUUAGUGUUUACAACUCGUAUUUCUCUCCCCUCCCCCUUUUUCUCCAUAAAUCUGUCACAGUUCCUUCACUUGGCCUGGAAAUGCUGCUGAUUUUCCUAGUUUCUUUUUUUUCUUCUAUUUUUUUAGAAUUCCUUUGUGAGUAUCCUGUGUAUGUACAUUUUUAAGCACCAAUUUACCUUCAGAAAAAUUGCAAAAAAAAACAAGGAAAAAAAUCGUAGAUCGAUCUUUAUGAAGCGUUUCUCAGGAACCCUUUGCUGAAAAUUUCUUUCGACUUUCAAUAACAUCUACGGUAUAACUGGCGAGCGAUCUGUAAUUUUAUUGCUGGUAUGAUCAAGACAUUCAUUUGGGAAAGAGAUAGUUCGUAUCGUAUGGGAACGUAGUUUAAACAUACAGUCGUGAACAGAUUUUCUGAGCAUGCAGUUGAUUAUUUUAAUUGCGCAUACGAUGAUGUAACUUUGUCCCAAAUUAUUUGCUACGUACGGUUGUAUGUUAUGUUUUAGGAAUGGCUAAAUACUAAAUACUAAAUAUACUAUGGUGUAAAUGUAUUAUAGUAGUAUUAUAUUAGGUUAUGUUUUAAGGUUUAAUAGCUAAAAUUUUAAUAUUAAUUUAUAAAAAAAUGCAAUUAUUUUG